CCCUUCCAGGGGAAAUGCUGGAGGGCUGUUGGCCUGCUGCCGUGCUGCUGAACAGUAUGCAGUCCUUCCGGGAGCAAAGCAGUUACCACGGAGACCAACAGAGCUACCCGCAGGAGGUACACGGCUCAUCCCGGAUAGAAGAGUUCAGCCCUCGUCAGGCCCAGAUGUUCCAGAAUUUUGGGGGUGCAGGUGGCGGCAGUGGUGGCAGCGGCGGCGGCGGCGGCGGUGGGCGACGAGGAACGGCGGCUGCGGCAGCGAUGGCUAGCGAAACCUCUGGCCACCAGGGCUACCAGGGUUUCAGGAAGGAGGCUGGAGACUUUUACUACAUGGCGGGCAGCAAAGACCCCGUGACGUCGGGAACCCCACAGCCGCCUCAGCGAAGGCCUUCGGGGCCUGUGCAGAGCUACGGACCCCCCCAGGGGAGCAGCUUUGGCAAUCAGUAUGGGAGCGAGGGUCACGUGGGCCAGUUUCAAGCACAGCACUCUGCCCUUGGUGGUGUGUCUCAUUAUCAGCAGGAUUACACGGGGCCCUUCUCUCCAGGGAGCGCUCAGUACCAGCAGCAGGCCUCCAGCCAGCAGCAGCAGCAGCAGCAGCAGCAGCAGCAGGUACAGCAGUUGAGACAACAGCUUUACCAGUCCCAUCAGCCUCUGCCGCAAGCCACUGGCCAGCCGGCGUCCGGUUCGUCCCAUCUGCAGCCGAUGCAGCGGCCCUCAGCUCUGCCGUCCUCUGCUGCCGGGUACCAGCUCCGAGUGGGUCAGUUCGGCCAACACUACCAGUCUUCUGCCGCCUCCUCCUCCUCCUCCUUCCCUUCGCCACAGCGUUUCAGCCAGUCGGGACAGAGCUACGACGGCGGUUACAGCGUGAACGCUGGAUCCCAGUAUGAAGGACACGGCGUGGGUUCUAAUGCACAGGCCUAUGGGACACAAUCAAAUUACAGCUAUCAGCCUCAAUCUAUGAAGAAUUUUGAACAGGCAAAGAUUCCACCAGGGACGCAGCAGCCGCAGCAGCAGCCGCAGCAGCAGGCGCAGCAGGCGCAGCAGCACCCCCCUCAGCAUGUGAUGCAGUACGCCAACGCUGCCACCAAGCUGCCCCUGCAGGGCCAGGUGGGCCAGUACAGCCAGCCCGAGGUUCCUGUGAGGUCCCCCAUGCAGUUCCACCAGAACUUCAGCCCCAUCUCGAACCCCUCCCCCGCGGCCUCGGUGGUUCAGUCUCCGAGCUGUAGCUCCACCCCGUCUCCUCUGAUGCAGAGUGGGGAGAGCCUCCAGUGCGGGCAAGGCAGUGUGCCCAUGGGUUCCAGAAACAGAAUUUUACAGUUAAUGCCCCAGCUCAGCCCGACCCCCUCAAUGAUGCCCAGCCCUAAUUCUCAUGCUGCAGGCUUCAAAGGGUUUGGACUAGAAGGAGUGCCAGAAAAGCGACUGACAGAUCCUGGGCUGAGUAGUUUGAGCGCCCUGAGUACUCAAGUGGCCAAUCUUCCUAAUACCGUUCAGCACAUGCUACUUUCUGAUGCCCUGACACCUCAGAAGAAGACCUCCAAGAGGCCCUCCUCGUCUUCUAAGAAAGCAGACAGCUGCACAAACUCCGAAGGCUCCUCACAGCCUGAAGAACAACUGAAGUCCCCCAUGGCAGAGUCGCUGGACGGAGGCUGCUCCAGCAGCUCUGAGGAUCAAGGAGAGCGUGUGAGGCAGUUAAGUGGCCAGAGCACCAGCUCCGACACCACCUACAAGGGCGGAGCCUCCGAGAAAGCUGGCUCCUCACCAGCGCAAGGCACUCAGAACGAAGCCCCCAGACUCAAUGCCAGUCCUGCAGCCGGAGAAGAGGCUGCCUCGCCAGGCGCUAAGGACACACCGUUGUCAUCCGAGGGCAACCCAAAAGUCAAUGAGAAGACGGUUGGGGUGAUUGUCUCCCGGGAAGCUAUGACAAGUCGGGUAGAAAAGCCUGGUGGGCAAGAUAAAAGCUCCCAAGAGGAUGAUCCUGCAGUCACUCAAAGGCCACCCAGCACUGGUGGGGCAAAGGAGACCAGUCACCCAUCAGUUCCACAGCCAGAGCCCCCGGGGGGAGGGAGCAAAGGAAACAAGAAUGGAGAUAAUAACUCGAACCACAAUGGAGAGGGAAAUGGCCAGAGCGGGCACUCCACGGUGGGCCCUGGUUUUAUAGGCAGAAGUGAGCCCAGCAAAUCUCCUGGAAGCCUGCGCUACAGUUACAAAGAUAGUUUCGGGUCGGCCGUGCCAAGAAACGUCAGUAGCUUUCCUCAGUAUCCUACGGGACAAGAUAAGGGUGAUUUCACUGGCCACGGGGAGCGAAAGGGUAGAAAUGAGAAGUUCCCUAGCCUCCUGCAGGAAGUGCUUCAGGGCUACCACCACCACCCUGACAGGAGAUAUUCUAGGAGCACUCAGGAGCAUCAGGGCAUGGCUGGUGGCCUGGAAGGAGCCACGAGGCCUAACGUCUUGGUCAGUCAAACCAAUGAAUUGGCUAGCAGGGGCCUUUUGAACAAAAGCAUUGGGUCCCUACUAGAAAACCCCCACUGGGGCCCCUGGGAGAGGAAGUCAAGCGGCACGGCUCCUGAGAUGAAACAGAUCAAUUUGGCUGACUAUCCGAUUCCCAGAAAGUUUGAAAUAGAGCCCCAGUCAUCGGCUCAUGAGCCCGGGGGUUCCCUCUCUGAAAGAAGAUCAGUGAUCUGUGAUAUUUCUCCACUAAGACAGAUUGUCAGGGACCCGGGGGCUCACUCACUGGGACACAUGGGUGCUGACGCCAGACUUGCAAGGAGUGAACGGCUCAAUCCAAGUUUAAGUCAGUCGGUCAUUCUUCCGGGUGGGUUGGUAUCCAUGGAAACAAAGCUGAAAUCCCAGAGCGGGCAGAUAAAAGAAGAAGACUUUGAACCACCCAAAUCUCAAGCUAGUUUCAACAACAAGAAAUCCGGAGACCACUGCCAUCCUGCUAGCAUCAAGCACGAGUCUUACCGCAGCAAUGCCAGCCCUGGAGCAGCCCACGAUUCCAUCUCAGACUAUGGCCCACAGGACAGCAGACCCGCGCCGAUGCGGCGGGUCCCUGGCAGAGUCGGUGGUCGGGAGGGCAUGAGGGGUCGGUCCCCUUCGCAAUAUCAUGACUUCUCAGAAAAACUGAAGAUGUCUCCUGGGAGGAGCAGAGGCCCAGGGGGAGACCCUCAUCACAUGAACCCACACAUGACCUUCUCGGAGAGGGCCAACCGGACUUCUUUACACGCUCCCUUCUCUCCCAACUCAGAAAGCCUGGCCUCCGCUUACCACACAAAUACGCGGGCUCAUGCUUAUGGGGACCCCAACGCAGGCUUGAAUUCUCAGCUCCAUUAUAAGAGACAGAUGUACCAACAGCAACAAGAGGAAUACAAAGACUGGAGCAGCAGCUCUGCUCAGGGAGUAAUCUCUGCGGCACAGCACAGGCAGGAGGGACCACGGAAGAGCCCGAGGCAGCAGCAGUUUCUCGACAGGGUGCGGAGCCCCCUGAAAAACGACAAAGACGGUAUGAUGUAUGGCCCACCAAUGGGGACUUACCACGACCCCAGCGCUCAGGAAGGCGGGCGCUGCCUCAUGUCUAGUGACGGUCUGUCUAACAAAGGCAUUGAAUUGAAGCAUGGCUCCCAGAAGCUACAACAAGAAUCUUGUUGGGAUCUUUCCCGACAGACUUCUCCAGCCAAAAGCAGCGGCCCUCCGGGAAUGUCCAAUCAGAAAAGGUACGGACCCCCCCAUGAGGCCGAUGGGCACGGGCUCGCCGAGACCGCACAGUCAUCCAAACCCGGCAAUGUUAUGCUCAGGCUUCCAGGCCAAGAGGAUCAUUCUUCUCAAAACCCCUUAAUCAUGCGGAGGCGGGUGCGUUCCUUUAUCUCUCCCAUCCCCAGCAAGAGGCAGUCACAAGAUGUGAAAAACAGCAACACCGAAGAUAAAGGGCGCCUCCUUCACCCACCAAAAGAAGGCGCCGAUCGAGCAUUCAAUUCCUAUGCGCAUCUUUCUCACAGUCAGGAUGUCAAGUCUGUCCCUAAGAGAGAAUCCUCCAAGGACCUUCCGAGUCCAGAUAGUAGGAACUGCCCUGCCGUCACCCUCACAAGCCCUGCUAAGACCAAAAUACUGCCCCCUCGGAAAGGACGGGGGUUGAAACUGGAGGCUAUAGUUCAGAAGAUCACGUCCCCGAAUAUUAGGAGGAGUGCAUCCUCGAACAGCGCGGAGGCUGGGGGAGACACGGUUACUCUCGAUGACAUACUGUCUUUGAAGAGUGGCCCUCCCGAAGGUGGGAGUGUGGCUGUUCCGGACGCCGAGAUGGAGAAGAGAAAAGGUGAGCUGGUAUCUGACCUAGUCUGUCCCACAAGCCAGGACUUGAACGUAGAAAAGCCCCUGGUGAGGUCUUCCGAGGAGUGGCGUGGCAGUGGGGACGACAAAGUGAAGACCGAAACACACCCAGACACGGUCACCGCUGGAAAGGAACCCCCUGGCACCAUGACGUCCACCACCUCACAGAAGCCUGGGAGUAACCAGGGGAGACCAGACGGUUCCCUUGGUGGGACUGCGCCUUUAAUCUUUUCUGACGCAAAGAAUGUACCUCCAGCGGGCGUGUCGGCCCCUGAGGCAAACCCCAAGGCUGAAGACAAGGAGAGCGAUACAGUGACGAUUUCCCCCAAACAAGAGGGUUUCCCCCCGAAGGGGUACUUCCCGUCAGGAAAGAAGAAGGGGAGACCCAUCGGUAGUGUGAACAAGCAGAAGAAACAGCAGCCACCACCUCCACCCCCUCAGCCCCCUCAGAUACCAGAAGCUUCUGCAGAUGGAGAGCCAAAGCCAAAAAAGCAGAGGCAAAGGCGGGAGAGAAGGAAGCCUGGGGCCCAGCCAAGGAAGCGGAAAACCAAACAGGCGGUUCCCAUCGUGGAACCCCAAGAACCUGAGAUCAAACUAAAGUAUGCCACCCAGCCACUGGAUAAAACCGACGCCAAGAACAAGUCUUUUUUCCCUUAUAUCCAUGUAGUAAAUAAGUGUGAACUUGGAGCUGUGUGUACAAUCAUCAAUGCUGAAGAAGAAGAACAGACCAAAUUGGUGAGGGGUCGGAAGGGUCAGAGGUCUCUGACCCCGCCGCCCAGCAGCACUGAAAGCAAGGUGCUCCCGGCUUCGUCCUUCAUGCUGCAGGGCCCCGUCGUGACAGAGUCUUCUGUUAUGGGGCACCUGGUUUGCUGUCUGUGUGGCAAGUGGGCCAGUUACCGGAACAUGGGCGACCUCUUUGGACCCUUUUAUCCCCAAGAUUAUGCAGCCACUCUCCCGAAGAAUCCGCCGCCCAAGAGGGCCACGGAAAUGCAGAGCAAGGUUAAGGUACGGCACAAAAGCGCGUCCAACGGCUCCAAGACGGACACUGAGGAGGAGGAAGAGCAGCAGCAGAAGGAGCAGAGGAGCCUGGCCGCCCACCCCAGGUUUAAGCGGCGACACCGCUCGGAAGACUGUGGCGGGGGCCCUCGGUCCCUGUCCAGGGGGCUCCCUUGUAAGAAAGCAACCACCGAGGGCGGCGGCGAAAAGACCGUUUUGGACUCAAAGCCCUCCGUGCCCACCACUUCCGAAGGUGGCCCCGAGCUGGAGUUACAAAUCCCUGAACUACCUCUUGACAGCAAUGAAUUUUGGGUCCAUGAGGGUUGUAUUCUCUGGGCCAACGGAAUCUACCUGGUGUGCGGCAGGCUCUAUGGCCUGCAGGAGGCGCUGGAAAUAGCCAGAGAGAUGAAAUGUUCCCACUGCCAGGAGGCAGGUGCCACCUUGGGCUGCUACAACAAAGGCUGCUCCUUCCGAUACCAUUACCCGUGUGCCAUUGAUGCAGAGAAGCCAUUGGAGCUCUAGGGAUUGCACUGAAUCUGCAGGUGAGUUGAGAACAUGACUGUUUGGCAGAAAUUGGUGGCCGAGUAUCCGGUGAGAGAGGGGCUGCCUGGGUCAGGGGGGCGCCCAGGUGGGGCCGAGGCCCUGACGCUGUUGCCCCAGCUGCUGCUGGCUUUACCGCUGCUCCACGUGAAGAUCUGGGACCAAGGAAGCAGCAUCACCGGAUGACCGUGUCUUGGGAUUUAUCAGUCUUUUUUGAUGACCUGAGUCACAGUGACCCAGAAGGCCACACUGCUCUGUGGGGAUAGAUGCUUGUGUUUAUCCCACAGGGUCUCCUGAGGAAUUCUGUUCUAUAUGUGAUGGAUCUGUGUGUCCAGGAAAGGCGUUCAUUGGUUGACUUCCUUCCUAAUUAUACGUCCCUGGGUUGGAGAGCCCCUCAUUGCUACUUGUUGUAAGGAACAGUUGAACACUUUCAUCUUUGCCUGGCUGUGAACCACCCAGACCUUUCCAGAGCUGUUCGUGUCUGAGAGAGAACUUUUAUGGCUGGGGACAUCUCCAUGGGAACAGAAUCUUGUUCUCCUGAGGGUCUGUAGCUGCCGCAGCUUCCCUCCACCUGUUGUUGGUCCUGCGUUAGUGACAUCAUGGUUGGCUGUCCUGCGCUACUUGUUCCGUCACAGGCGCAGCCUGGGGCUCCGGGGAGAUGCAGUGAGGAGAACGUGAGCACUAGUUUCAGAAGAAAUGACAUAUUAAUGCAAUGAGCCACAGCAAUUAAGACCAAAAGAAAAAAAGGACUGCGGUAGCACAUUAAUAACUACUGUGCACAAAGAAUCCAGCCUGGAGGGGAUUUUCCUCUUCCCCUCAGGAGGAGGCCCAGCUGGAAACUUGCUUUCUGCAGCCACCCUUGCAGCAGCGUUUAGAAGCCGCUCUUCCACUGCACUUUGAUCUUGAUCUUGCCGCAGAGUGGGUUCAGGGCCCUUGAGCGGACUGGUGUCUGGCCCUUCCCUGGAGGGGCCACGCUCUGCACCCUAGAAGCAGUGCCAAGGCCCUGCUUGCCCUGCCCUGAUAGUCCCCUCCUUGGGCCCAGCAAGGCGGGUGAGACUGGCAGGUCCCCGUGUCCCGGCCUGGAUUUUACCAAUCUAAGUACUAACUAGCUCUGAGGUGGGUUGCAGGUGAGCUGGUGACAGCUUCCGGAGCCUGGCACGUGUGAAGGACAUGAGCCCUCCCCUCUCCUUUCCUCCCUCCUCGAGUUUACCAUCCACACCCAGGGUGGCUGUGGCUGCGGCUGCAUGUGAGUAUCUGAAGCUCCAAGGAGCUUGUCAUGAGGAUCUCAGUGAAGACGAGCGUAGAGAGAAAUGAAAGCGGAAUCCUCUUCUGGGGCAUCGGUGUUUGUGUCUGGAAGCCGUCUUGUUGACGAGACAACCUUGUGAGUCUUUUCCAGCGUGUGUGAUGAUCCGGCAAGCCAUUUACUUUGACUUCAGUGUGUGGAAGUGCUGACCAGGCCCUCUGGCCAGUGCGGGAUAUCACCAGGGGCUUAAGGAAAACAAAUCGAGAGGCUGGCUGGCUGUGUAGGGCGGGCGCCUGCUGAGAGACCUCAGGAAAGGCCUCCCCCCAGCAAGGGCUGGUUCGAGGCAGCCAAGAAGAGGCUCCCCGUGCCCUUGCGGGUGUCUAAGCUCUCUGGCCCUGGUUCUUGUGCCUGCCAGGAGCGUGAUGGCGGUUCCUGGUGGCCUGUGGGUAUUCCAAGCACGGAUGAGAGCGUUUGUCUGCAGUCUGUCUGCGCGGGAGAUGUUGCCACAGGUGGACGUGGUCUCUGGCAGAUUUUGUUAGGAGCCUUGCAUUUGCAGAAGUACCUGACAUUAACUCUAGUUGCUUGCAGUGUGUACUUAGAUUACUUUAUUUCUUUUCUGCUUUUUAACUUAGAGGGAAGGUGUUUCCUAGCUUCAGACAUAUUUUACUAAUGGUCUCUCACAGCUGGUGACUCCUCGUGGCUGGGAGGCGGACGGAGCCGCCUCUGCCUCUCGGGUGGCACCGUUUCCAGCCAGCGUGGUCCCCCUCCUCGUUUCUCUAAACCCCUAUGGCGUCGAGGUGGCCGAGCCCCACGUGGGCUCUGCCGUUUGUUUCUCUGUGGCCCAACCUAGAGACCGCCAGCACGCGGCGCUGCUAAAGCCCAGGUAAGGAGCAAGUGCUUCCCUUGAGCUCCAGUUGUCUGUGUCCUGCUGUUCAUAAGCUCUCUGGCAGAUUGGAGCAGCGGGAGCCUUGGUCACGCCAUGUACUUGUGGGUUUUAAAUUAACACAUUUCAUUUACUGCCGUGCUAUUUGCUUGCAGGGGGAGGGCUCGGAGGUUAGCGGACUUGCGGAGCUCCUGUGCCCUGAGGCUUGCCCCGGGAGCAGGGAGGCUGCCUGCCCACCCCUGGGUGUUCAGAGGCUCCAGGGGGAGGCAGUGAUGGGACAGGCCCGGCCCAAUUAUGAAAGGGUCUUUUUCUGUUUGUUUAAGAUACAAAGGACCUCAGAAGUUUUCAUUUGUGUGUUCCCUUGCUCAUUACUAUUUCAUCUGAAAUCUGUGGGUACACAGGCUGCGAAUUUGGACCUCAGUUUAAACCUGAGUUAAAUCAUACAUUUAACAAGGCUAAGUACCGUGGCUGCCUCCCGCCAUGGUGCCCGGGAGCUCUCUGAGAAUGUGCGAUCAAUAUUUAUUAACAUUCUGCCAUCACAUCUGGCACCGGUGACCUGGCUGUCGGUCUCCGGGAGCUGUGGUGUGCAGAGCGAAUUCAUUAAUUAGAUCUCUUCGCCCCGCUCCACACGCUACCCCUGUGCCACGGAGCUCGACUCACCUGGAGGCGGAUGCGUGUCCUUGCUGUCAGCGAGGAUGCUGUCACCACGUUAAAAGUUGGAAUGAAUCAUUUUCCUCCAAGGAUUAGUAACCCCCUCGUGGGAUUUCGUUUUCCCCUGAAGCAUUUAGUGUGGAUUAUGUGGUUCGUGUCGGGAACUUCUCCUGUGUCUCCGUGGGUUGUACAGCAAAGGUGAUAGAUGGCGGGGCUUGCAACAGAGGAGAAAGGUGCCUCCGGAUUUGGGGCGUUUUCACAGGGAAGCUUCAGCUUGGGCCUGUGGGAGGGGCUUAGCCUAGAAUCAGGGAUCUUAAAAAUAAGAUUUAUUGGAGGUUGUUUCUCAUUAUUAAAAUAAUAUGGUGUAAUCGUGGAAACAUGUAAAAAAUAAAAUAAAAUAAAAUCACCUAUGUGGUCUUGCUGCCCAGAGAGAAGCACUGUUAGAUUUUGGUAAAUUUCCUUUCUUUUUUAAAAUGCAUAUAUAACACACUUUGUUAAAAUUAGGAUUGUACUUCUAUAUUUAUGUAUCCUGGCAUUUCAAGCCAUUUUGUGUCAUGAGUGUUUCCCUGUACCACUGGCUGUUUUGAAACACUAAUGCUUUAAGUGACUGAUGCUCCAUCAUGUUGCAGUCCCGUAGUUUAUUUGGGGGUGUUUCUGAUGUUUUAGAAACGCCAGUGCGGGGGCCUCCUAUCUCCAUGUCUGACCCUGUCAGUCCUGGCUAGCGUGGCCCCACUCCCCUUGGGCUGUGCUGUCUGCCAGCUGUCUGACUGCCCCUUUCUG